ACUCUGUCCCCUGUUUUGCUACAGUGCUGUCAGACGAGAAGCUUAAUAACUCUUUAAGCGGGGUUGGGGAACCCAGUGAGAAAGGUAAUAAGGCAAAUAGCUUAUUUAUUUUUUUUUGGUUGCAGGAUACUGUGACUUCAGUGGAAGUGUACAGCUUAAAGGAAUAAGUAGGACACUACCAUAAUCAUGACAGAAGAUGCACCAAUUGCAUCCAGCAUACCUGAGUACAAUGGGAAUGUACCUCCUGAAAAAACUCGGUUCCAGGUCAUUGAUAUUAUUGAUGAAAUAGCAAAAUCUGUUGGCUCAGUUCCACAUGAAAAUGCAGAAACCAGUGCUGAAGCUCCAUUUAUAAAAGAAAAUCCAGAGGAAAUUAAAAAUUCUUUAGAGGACAGCACAAUGUGUGAAGCUCCUGAAGGGAAGCAGCAAUGUGAAGAAAAGCAAGAUGAAAACAAUAAAACUCUAAAGAAGAGAUCAGCUGACAUCCCUUCCCAGGACGCACGAGCUGAGCAAAAGAAAUCAGAGGAAGGGCAAUAUGAGGAGAUAAUUCCUGUAAGCACCAAAGAAUGUGAAGUAAAUAGGCAGGAAGAAAGGAAUGCAAAGCAACCUCAAGGAAGAAAGUUUGAUCAUGCUAACAAGGCUGAGAAGUUUCUACCCGCAGGAGCACAAGAAAUGGUGCAGAUCCUUGAACGCAAAGUACAAAUUAAAGACGAGAUGCAAUUAAAAGCAAGAGAGAAUGCAGCAGAGGAAGAGGAUGAGGAUGCUGAAGAGGAAGAACAAGUCCAGUUGACAGAAAAUAAGAAAGUAAACAGUGAGGAGUCUUAUUUAAAGAAACAAGAAAAUGGCAGGGAGGAAUCCCCUCCUAACAGUCCCAGUUUUAACUCCCAGCCUGAGAAACCAGGGGAGCAGCUAGAAAUUGGGGGAAAAAAUGAUGUCUCCAAACAUAGUUAUUCUAAAUACAAUACAAUCUCCUAUCGGAAGAUCAGAAAAGGAAACACAAAACAAAGAAUUGAUGAAUUUGAAUCCAUGAUGCAUUUAUAAACUGAAGGGGGAGAAUUUGCCUCAUAAGCUGAGAGUUCAUUUUGUUUUUCCAAGAUGCAUCUCUUCAUGCAAUAUCAGGCCAUUAUUAUAUCCUUUUUGUGUGUAAUUUCAUAAUAUACUGUGAAGAUUUAACUUCUGUAUUUCAUUUUGAAAUCAUAUGGAAAAAUUGGAAAAAGGAUGAAAAAAAUCAUCAGUUUGUUAAACUUAGUACAACUUAUUUCAAAGCUUAUUCUUUUUCUUUUCUAUACCAAUUUUGUAACAGGUUAUAAGCAGUAAAAUAUUUUAGAUUAAUUGGUAAUGCUAUAGGCUCAUGCACAAAUGUUUCAGUGCUAUUGGUCUUGCUAGCAAUUAGUAGGCAGCAUAAUAGAUGCAGUAAAACCAGACUGCAGUAACAAUAGAGACAACUGUUUACAAUUGCAAUGCUCUCUAUUUUGAAUUCUGCCUAUUUUGGUGGCUUACAAAACACAAAACGGCUUUUAGUGUGUAUAAACAAGUCAUUCCAUUUUGUACGGGUGGGAUGGACUAAUUGAAUAAACUUAUAAAUGUAGAAUUGUAGAAAUUAAGUACGUAAUUUUCAUAUGACGAGGUAAUAAACCCAUUAAUGUCCCUGUCCUUUUUAACUCUCUGUACCACUCAUAAAUAUAUUUUCAUCUGAUAUGGACUGCUUUCCUUUCAAACCAUUAUAGUCAGCAUUUGCAACCAUUAGUAUCAUCCAAUGGUUACAUAUUAAUUUAGGGUAUGAGCAGUUGAGACUAUUAUAUUACUAAAAUGGUUUUAAAUUCUCAAAUAGAUAUUUUUCCUUCAGUUCAAAUAUUUUAUGUAACAACAUUAAGUUGUAUGUAAAAUUAAUGAAAAAGAGGUUAUAAUUUUAAAGCUAAGCAGUGAUUAAGAAACAGCCUCUUUUUGGUAUGUAUUCCUUCCCUACUUUCCUAAGCAUCACUUUGUAUCAAAGUCACUACAUACUUCUUUCCUUAGUAAUGUGAGGCAGCUCUGGUCAAAGUGUCACCAGUUAUUUAGGAGUAGAUGUAUCAUUUUAAAUUCAGAACUUACUGGUAUAUUAUCCUUUUAUAAAAAGAAAGCAUGAUAGAUGAUUAUGGUAUAAGUAGUUAAUGUAUUAUCCUUUAGUAAUUGGGGUAAUUAAUGUUAAUGUGGGAUAUGUAUAAUCUUUUGUGAAUCUUCUAGCAGGAACUCAUAAUUUAGAUAAAUGCACAUAGGAAGCCAGCAUUUUAUAAACAUUUAUAUAUAUGGUACAUAGCACAUAUAUGGGUGUGUCUAUGCUUGUCAACCAAUGAAAAAAAGAUGACAGAGAAAAUUAGUAUUCUCCAAAUUUUUCCAUUUGGGGCUCCAAGAUUUUUCUCACACAUUUUCAUACUUUUAAAUAUACUCAACAUUCAAGUUUAGCUUCAAUUCAAAUCUUAACGAUACUUCCAAGACAUGGUAAAUUUGAAAUAUCACCUAUUUCUAAGUUAUCUCUACAUUUUUCUAUUUUAAACCCUUGAAUGACUAUGGUAUAACCAAGCUGAUUUUGUUUAAAUAUUUUGAAAAGAAUAUUCAUCUUGGGUUGAAGCCAAGCUUGACAAAUCCCAACACAGAAGGAAUUUGUUUGGGAAAGUUUGAGCAUCUACAAAGAAUGAGAGCAGAGAUUGGAAAGGAACUCAGUAGCUUCUACUGUGUCUGCUAUAAUGCUUCUUUAAUAAUUACGUUUACAUUUCCAGCAGCAUCAAUUACUGUUUCAAAUUUUCUGUUCUACAUAAAAGGCAAUUAUUUAUUGGCUAUGUGGAAAAAAAAUAAAAGACAAUUCUUUAUUGUACAAACAAAACACAGUCUUCAUUGUA